AUGGCCGUCCCCACCGGGGCUGAGCCGGCAGCCAACCGCCCCGCGGCCGGGCUCCUGUUGUGUGUUCCAGCUGCCGUUUCCUGGUACGACGAGUUCCAGAGGCUCUACGACACCAUCCCCUGUGUGGAAGUGCAGGCUCUGAAGGAGCACAGCGACCAGGUUCUGCACCUCAGCUUCUCCCACUCGGGCUGGCUGUUCGCCUCGUGCUCCAAGGACUGCACCGUCAAGAUCUGGAGCAACGAGCUGGACAUCUCCCUGCAGCACAGCUCCAAUAUGAGGCCGUACAACUGGAGCUACACACAGUUCUCCCAGUUCAACUCGGAUGACUCCCUCCUCCUGGUAUCCGGCGUCUUUGUGGGACCUCACAACUCCUCAUCAGGAGAGAUUGCUGUAAUCAGUAUGGAGAACUUUACGCUCCUCUCUAGGGUGAGAAACAAACCCUACGAUGUGUUUGGCUGCUGGCUGAAUGAAACCAACUUGAUUUCUGGCAAUCUGCACCGCAUCGGCCGUGUGACCUCCUGCUCCGUGCUGUGGCUCAACAACGCCUUCCAGGGCAUAGAGUCCGAGAAUGUGAACGUAGUGAAGAGGCUCUUUAAAAUCCAGAACCUGAAUGCCAGCACUAUCCGGACCGUGAUGGUGGCCGACUGCAGCCGGUACGAUUCCCCAGACCUGCUCCUGGACUACGAGGAGCAGCUGGCGGCUUCUUCCACCUCCACCUGCCCAGUCUUUGAUCUUGGCAGUGACAGUGAGGAAGGAGAGGCCAAGCCCAAGCAGACUGCAGAGCCAGCAGGACAGGAACUGCCGGAUGAUGGGGACGCAGCAGCAGAGGACGGGCUGCAGCAGCUCUUUGACGAUAUCAUGGAGGGCUGUGUGAGGGCUGCCAUGACCGAGAGCGAGCUGGAGGCGAGGGUGGCUGAGCUGUUCAUCCGCAACAGAACCAAACCGCCCGAGCCCGUGCUCCCCACGGACAGCAGCAGCAAGAUAAAAUACUUGAUCUUCACCACAGGAUGCCUCACCUAUUCUCCACAUCAGAUAGGGAUUAAAAGGAUCCUGCCCCAUCAGAUGACGACGGCUGGGCCGGUGCUUGGGGAGGAGAGGCGCUCGGACGAGUUCUUUGACUCCCUGGAUCACGUCAUCGACAUCCACGGGCACAUCAUCGGCAUGGGCCUCUCCCCCGACCACAGGUACCUGUACGUGAACAGCCGGGCCUGGCCGCGGGACUGUGUCAUCUCGGACCCGAUGCAGCCCCCGCCCAUCGCCGAGGAGAUCGACCUGCACGUGUUCGACCUGAAGACGAUGAAGGAGGUGAAGAGAGCCCUUCGCGCGCACCGCGCCUACACCCCCAACGAGGAGUGUUUCUUCAUCUUCCUGGAUGUCAGCAGGGAUUUCGUAGCCAGCGGGGCGGAGGAUCGUCACGGCUACAUCUGGGACCGGCACUACAACAUCUGCCUGGCCAAACUGCAGCACGACAACGUGGUCAACUCGGUGGCGUUCAGCCCGGUGGAGCAGGAGCUGCUGCUGACGGCCAGCGACGACGCGACCAUCAAGGUGUGGCGCUCGCCCCGCGCCGUGCGCGCCCGGCACGUCAGGAAGCCCCGGCCCAGGAAACUGCUCUUCUCUUGGCUCAUGAACCAGAAAAGCUGAACCCAGGCACACCUGCUCCUGCGGCUUCCUCACUCCAGCCACUUCCUCUGGAGCUUGCAGAGCUUGGAGCCCUGCGCAGCGGAGACAAGCUCUGGGCACGUGG